CCGGAUUCCGGAUUCCGGGAUUCCGCCCACUCCAUAGUUACUGUUCCUAUCCGUAUCCUCCCGAUUCGGCGAGGGGUCUAUAUAUAUAUAUAUAUUUUUUUUUUUUUCUUAGUUUUUUUUUUUUUUUUACUUUGUUCUUAUAAUCAAUUCAGAUUCUUUCUCACCGUGCUUCUCCAUCCUGAGUACUUCACUCAGUUUAGGGCUUUUCCACUUUCUUGCAAUACGAUUUGUAUCCUGAUUACUCGAUCUGAGCAUGGAAGGUCGAGAUUUGACAUUGUCGCCUUCCUCUACGUCAACGGCCGCCCCUGCCCUUAGUCGCGAUGGUUCUUCGCCGGCUGAUGCCUCCGAUGAUGCUGGUUUCUCGGUUACUGUUGCGUUGGCAAAAGAAGCUGUCUUCCAUUUUCAGUCGGGAAAGUUCGUCGAAUGUGUUGAGUUCUUGAACCAGCUCUUGCUGAUGAAACAAGACGAUCCGAAGGUCCUUCAUAAUAUUGCAAUUACGAAAUCCUUCCAAGAUGUUUGCUUGAACCCCCAAAAGUUGUUUGAAGUACUUAAUCGUGUAAAGAGGAAAUGUGACGAGCUUGCUUUUACUUCUGGAGAACAUAGAGAGUCAGUUAAGAAUGUUGGAAACAAAGUUGUUUUGGGAUCCAAGGGCAGUAAUGUUUCGUCACAUCAGCUUUCAGGUGCUAUGUGCACCACUGCAUUGUAUACAGAUGAGUUUGACUCUUCUGUGGCAAUGCUAAAUAUUGCCAUUAUUUGGUUCCAUCUUCAUGAGUACAGAAAGACAUUGUCCGUUUUGGAACCCCUCUAUCAAAAUAUUGAACCCAUAAAUGAGACAACAGCUCUACACAUAUGCCUGCUGCUACUUGAUGCUAGCCUUGCUUGCCAUGAUGCCUCAAAAUCAGCUGAUGUUUUGUCUUAUCUGGAAAGGGCAUUUGGUGUUAAUGUAAGUCAAGGCGACAAUGGAAGCAUAGCACAGCAACAAUCUGCAAACGUAAUUACCAAGCCCUCAUCAGCCCCUAGUGGUCCAUCAGUUGCAGAUGCGUGUUCUGAUCUGGGGUCAAUUGCUAAUGCGCCUGAAAAUCAUCUGUCUAGAGCUUUUUCUGAAGAGGCCCUUGAUUAUGAAGCCAUGAUACUGGAUAUGGGUGGACAAAAUUUAAGCAGGCCAACUGGCAUAUCUUCAAAUGACCUAUCAAGAGUAUCGGUUGAUAGGUUUUCUAAUGUUGAGUUGAAGCUUAAAUUUCAACUUUACAAGGUUGAAUUUUUGCUGCUAACUAGGAAUUUGAAGUUAGCAAAACGUGAAGUCAAGCUGGCUAUGAACAUUGCACGUGGAAGAGAUUCUUCAAUGGCUCUUCUUUUGAAAUCUCAGCUUGAAUAUGCUCGUGGUAACCACCGCAAAGCAAUUAAGCUAUUGAUGGUAGCAAACAACCAGACAGACACAGCGUUUUUGAGCAUUUUCCACAACAAUCUUGGUUGCAUUUACUAUCAACUUGGGAAAUACCAGACAUCAUCAGUGUUUUUCUCAAAGGCAUUGACUAAUUGUUCAUCCCUUAGGAAGAACCAACCACUAAAACUACCGACUUUCUCACAGGAUAACACUCUUCUUAUCAUAUAUAAUUGUGGUAUGCAGUACUUGGUUUGUGGAAAGCCAUUACUUGCUGCUCGCUGUUUUCAGAAGUCUAGUAUUGUCUUAUACAAUAAGCCUCUCUUGUGGCUUCGGCUCUCGGAAUGCUGUCUAAUGGCUUUGGAAAAGGGCCUAAUUAAAUCAAGUUGUGUUUUAUCAACUAGGUUGGAAGUUGGAGUACGUGUUGUUGGGAAUGGGAAAUUGAGGCAACUUGUAUUGAACGAUGGGAUUCCAAGAUAUGGAUGUGUAGAGUUGCUUGACAGAGAUGACUGUCAUCUCAAAAAUGAUAUGCAGCUGAAUUUAUCGAUGCCUCUGGCCCGGCAGUGCCUCUUAAAUGUCCUAUACUUGCUUGACUCCAACAAGAAAGAUAGGUUAAAAUAUGAAAUGCCUUUAAAUUCAAGGGAGGAAAAUAAUUCUGGUGAAGUGUCAUCCAACAAUUCAAACAAUAAGAAUUUACUUGGAAUCGAUUCCAAGGCAUUUUCAUUAGCGUUAAACUCAGGUCAGGCUAAUUCAAACGGGGACAUGAAAGAACAAAAGGGAAGUACUAAUCAAGAAGUCAUUCAGAGCUCCCUUUCCUAUUAUGAAGAUACUUGCAGAAGAGAAAAUUUAUUGAUUAAGCAGGUAGCUCUUGCUAACCUGGCAUACGUGGAAUUGGAAUUGGAUAACCCUGUUAAGGCGUUGUCAGUUGCAGCAUCACUUCUAGAACUUCCAGAAUGUUCUAGAAUAUAUCACUUUCUAGGCCAUGUUUAUUCAGCAGAGGCCCUUUGCUUGCUAAACAGACCAGCUGAAGCUGCUGAGCAUUUGUCAAUUUAUUUGUCUGGGGGAAACACUGUUGAAUUGCCUUUCAGUCAAGGGGACUGCAAGAAAUGGCAAAUGGAUAGAACUGCUGUAUGUGAAGAUGGAACUGGAGGAUCUGUGACUGCCAACAUUUCCUCGUCUGAUGACUCGCAAUGCAUCGAUUGUCUCAAGCCAGAAGAGGCACGGGGAAUAAUCUAUGCAAAUUUUGCAGCAUUAUCUGCAAUGCAGGGUGAGUUAGACCAAGCCCAUCAAUUAAUAACCCGGGCAUUAUCCAUAUUGCCAAACAGUCCAGAAGCCACACUUACUGCAAUUUAUGUGGAUCUCUUGCUAGGUAAGCCGAAAGAAGCUUUAUCCAAAUUAAAAAAAUGUAGCCGCGUUAAGUUCCUUCCAAGUACAAUUACAUCGAACAACUCGUAGAGUCUUGUAUUCAUGGGCUCUAUCAUUUCUUCCUGGUCUUCUUCUCGGGUCCAGUUAGCAGGUAGCUUAAUCUUUCCAUAGCAUUUAUAACAUAUAUAUAAGUUCAGCUAUUCAGAGAAUAAGUAUUGAUGGUUCAUUUAUUCCUUUAUAAUUUUUAAAUGUAGAAGUCAUUCAUAGGUGGUGGCUGUCUUUUAAUUAUUGCUACUGCCACCUUAGAAAUUUGAAGUGUAAUUUUUGUCGAGAUUGUAUCUUCACAGGCUAAUUUAGUUAAUAUCCAAAUGUGGAGUUCGUGCUAACAUUGAGAAAGAACAGGAAUAUUUUAUAAUCUCUUUUUCAAUCUAACUCCAUCCUUAUUUCCA